ACAAUCUUUGUCAGGUUCUGUCGGAGUGGACCGUCCGGCUUCUUGUGCGCAUGUGCACAGGAAGACACGAACAGAGAGACGUUGACGGGCCAUGUCUUUAUUUUUCAUGUCUUUUAUGUCUUCAGUCUUCAUGUCUUCAUGCCUUGUCGUCCACGAUGCACUUUAGAACUUCGAGAAGAUGUUUGUGUGUUUACAGAUCUUCGCUUUUCUCUUCGCGGUAAACUUUCUCUUCCCGCCGCUGCGUGCUCAGGAUCCAUCCUGCUGCCAUCAUGCUGCACAAUUCUCCCCCUGCAAAGAAGCUUGUGACCAGCUGGCCACCAUAAAGAGUGAGUCUCGUUUGAAGCAUCUUUUGCAGAGGUUGCCCGGUUACUGUCCAGAAUCAAUGAAUGAGUUGUGGGUUUGCAUCAACUCUACACUGCCAGGAGUAUCCAGGAAGGUGGACAGCUGGGUCGGGUUGGGCUGCUGUGAGCUCGCCAUCUCCUCUGAGUGCCGCAGGGAAUGUAGACAGGCAUCAUCCAGAAAUGACCUCACAAAAGGAUGCAAAAAAGUCACAGAGAGUCCUCUAUACAGUUGCAUCACCAAAAAUGAAAUGGGCUCCACCUGCUGCAGCUAUGCAGGGCGUCACACCACCUGUAGGGAGUACUGUCAGGCCAUCUUCAGGACGGACUCCACCCCCACUGUGUCUCAGAUCAGCGCCGUCACUGAGUACUGUCAGAGCCACAGCCCUCAGCUGCUCAGCUGCGUCAGCAAUUUCACCAAGUCCUACCCGAUACGCAGCCCCAUAGACAGUCUCUACUGCUGUGACCGAGCAGAGGCCACCCACUGUCAGGUGGCUUGCCGGCGAAUCCUUCGCACGUUAAGCACAGAGCAUGAGAUCAUGGAGGCUUUGAUUGAUGAGUGUGGCUCCCAGCCUCUCCCGCAAGACCCCAUGUGGCAGUGCUUUCUGGGCAGUGCCCAUCCCCCAUUCCCAACUGAGAAAGAAGUCCCCCAUCCCACCAAAAUGGACUGUGCCAAACUACACUGCUGCUCCAAGGCCAACACAUCACUUUGCAGGGACAUGUGUCAGGAGAUUAGCACCAACUGGGGCAGCCAGACAUGGCAAGACUUUGAUCAGCUGUGCGAGUACAACCCAAGGGAAGCCGAGCUGGUCACCUGCCUGGCUGAUGUCAGAGAACCCUGCCAGCUGGGCUGCAAGGAUCUCACUUACUGCACCAACUUCAACAACAGGCCCACAGAACUGUUUCGCAGCUGCAACGUGCAGUCCGACCAGGGGGCGAUGAAUGACAUCAAACUGUGGUCCAACGGAACAAUCAAGAUGCCUUUUAUGAACAUUCCUGUGUUGGACAUCAGGAAGUGUCUGCCGGACACAUGGAAGGCGGUCGCUUGCUCUCUGCAGAUCAAACCCUGCCACAGCAAGUCCAGAGGGAGCGUCAUAUGCAAGUCAGAUUGCGUGGAAAUCCUGAGCCAGUGUGGGGACAGAAAACGUUUCCAUGAGGGACAAACACCUGAGAGGAUAUGUGAGCUGCUGUCACCCAUUGAUGACCCUGAACGCUGCAUCCCCCUGCACAGAUACCUCACCCCCAGUUCACUUGGGAACAGCAUUGUUGAAGAAGUCACCCAUCCAUGCAACCCCAACCCUUGCCCAAGUAGCCACGUGUGCCAGGUCAACAGGAAGGGCUGCCUGGAUGACUUCAACUGUCAAGCCUUUCUCUGCGUGCCAGGCUGCAAAUUAGGAGAGGCCUCCGAUUUUUUGGUGCAGCAGGAUGCUCGUAUACAGGUGCCAACUUUCACUGGUCCGGCCGGGUGCUAUGAGGUCUGCACUUGUGGUGCCAGUGGGCGUCUGGAGAACUGUGUGGAGAUACCGUGCGUGGACAUCAGUAAGCCCUGCGUUGUAGGUGGACAGAAGAAGAAUCACGGGACAUCUUUUAGACUGGACUGUGACAGCUGCUUCUGCUUUGGGGGUGAAACCAUCUGCACCGACAGAGAAUGUCUCAGCAUUGAAAGCUCCAACCAAGACCGUCAACAUUUUAGUGGUCUUCCAUGCAACUGUCCAGACCACUUCAUCCCAGUGUGCGCCUCCAACGGCCGCACGUAUCCAAGCGCUUGUGUGGCUCGCUGUGUGGGUUUCAAGGACCAUCAGUUUGCUUUCGGCCAGUGUCGUCUCACCAACCCCUGUGCCAGCAAGCCCUGCCAGAGAAACCAGAGGUGCAUUCCAAAAUAUCGAGUGUGCCUCAGUGACUCGUCAGACUGCCUGCAGUACGAAUGCGUGGGACGACAGCUGGCCUGUGAUAAGAACCAUGUGGAUCCAGUCUGUGAUACCGAUGGUCUCAUUCAUGCCAGUCUGUGCCAGCUCCAGCAGGCUGGAAAAACCCUGGCUUACAUGGGACACUGUCAGGAUGCCUGCAAGACACGUCAGCAGGUUUGUGGCCACAAUGGCGAGACCUACAACACGCCGUGUGACGCCUACUCUGAUGGUGUGGGUGUGGACUACGAGGGCCACUGCCAGGCUGUGGGGGCCAUGUCUGAAAUGGCAAGCGACUCCGCCUGCGCUCUCAUUUCUUGUCCACGUCUGUCACCACCUGGCUGCCAGCCUGUGACGCCACCGGGAGCCUGCUGUCCAAUGUGUGCCAGCGCUCUGCAAGUCCUCUGGAACAAAGACCAGAUCAAUACCUUCUCCAAGCUAAAUAAGGAGCAGCCAGUGACGGUCCAUGAUGUCCUUCAAAUCCUGCGGCUGCAUGUGUCCGUGCCGCAGUGUGACGUCUUUGGCUACCUCAGCAUGGACCAACAGCUGGUGGUCCUGAUCUCACCCGUGCAUCACCAGCCAACACCUCUGCAGAUGGAAGCAUGCAGUAAGGAGGCAGAGAAGAUUGAUUCUCUGAUUAAUUUUGCCAGUCCAACACUCGUCUCCCACAUUCCGGCCUCUGCUCUUCUCGCCUCCGAGACCAAGAUGUCUUCCAUCCGCUCCUCUGGGAGCACUCAGAUGUCCCCCCAGAAAGCCGCCGUGUGCCUCAUCCUGAGUGUGGUAGUGGUUGUGGUCCAGCUGGAAAUACUGCUUGUUGUGUAGCUUAUCAAGCUUUGUUCUGUCUUCAUGUCCACAAGUCUUUUUCAUUCAUGGACAAUCCUGAUAGGCAAUGACAACCACGCUACUGCAAAACUACUAACAACUGUAUUAUUCACCUACUUAUUAACACUACUAGCACUCUACUUCACCACAUACUCUAUUAUUACCAGAAGAGUACACUGAGUAUUACAGUAUCAGUGUACUUGAGUAGAUACAGUAUUAUUACCACAAGAGUACACUGAGUAUUAGCACUCUACUUGACUACAUACAGUAUUAGCACUCUACUUGACUACAUACAGUAUUAUUACUCUAAGAGUACGCUGAGUAUGAUGAGUGUAGUUGAGUAGAUGGAGUAUUAUUCAUGUAAUAUCGUUAAAUCCCAGCAGCAAGCACUUCAGCUUCUUGGACUUCUUCAGUUUUCUCAGGCUUAGUAUGCACACUCCAAAAUGGAUCAAGUACAACAUACACAUUACAUCCAUUACAUCCAUUUGGAGUAGUACAUACAUGUUGUACAUCAGUACAUACAUUGAUGUACAUAGAUUUGUAGGAGUACAUACAUUGAUGUACAUAGAUUUGUAGUAGUACAUACAUUGAUGUACAUAGAUUUGUAGUAGUACACCAGUUGUCUGCUUUUUCUGACCAAAGAGCGUGUGACAGUGACAAAAGUAUUACUAAGAGUAUUACUAGUGUACUUUGUGAGUAGAGAAAUAUGAAGGCAGAGUAUUACUAGAGUACAUUGUGAGUAGAGUAGUUUGUGAGUAGAGUGGUAGACAUGUAAGACGUGUGGUGGAGAGAAGCUGGAGUCAAGGUGACAUUGGAGUAGACAAAGUAUACAUACUUGAUUGAUCUCUGAGAGAAAUUGAUAGAUGAUAUGAGUAGUAUAAUUCAUAUUUGAGAGAUAGUAGUAGUGUAGUAGUAGUAUUUAUGAUAGAUGAUAUUAUUAUAACUAGCAGUAGCAUAAUUAGUAUUUGUGAUUGGAUGAUAUUAGUAUUUUAUUAUUAGUGGUAGUAUAAUUAGUAUUUGUAAUUGGAUGCAAAGAUAAGCCGCUUGGUUUGUGAAGCUUUAGUCAGACGGCAUAAAGAUUUGGUGAACUUUUGGCUUCCCAGCAUCUUUGAUUGAUGUUGAUAUUAUUUCUAUAUUUGAUAUUGUUUCAAGAGUGUCACAGAGACGUCUGCCACGGAGGGUGCCAUCUUUGAUCAUGUUUGAUGAUAUUAUUUCUAUAUUUGAUAUUGUUUUUCAAUUCAGUAUUCUUUCCUUGGGAAUUAUUGAUCAUGAAUGGACGUUGGUAUAUUUUUUGUCCUUAUCAGAUAUGAAGACAAAAUAACAUUUGGAUAAAUCUUUCUGAUGUAAUAUUUGGAUUUAUUGUGGUGAUUUUUCCUAGAAAGAUGAUGUAGCAUGGACGCUAGUAACAAGGGACCAAGGAAGUAGUGGUAGAGAGAAACACAGGGAAUAGUCUGGGGUCUUCCUGGUGUGGACGCAGGGUUUAGGAAGCAUUGCAGACUGCGUCCACCAGCCUCGUCGCCACUCCCCAAGUCAUCAGACAAAGCUGCAAACAGAGCACAAGAUAGGAAAAAAAUGUUGGACAGAAGACAGCAAGUGACCAAUUGAAAUAUCUUUUAUUCCCAUGGAAACUUGGAAGCCAAAAAGUGAAAAGUGUGAGAGUUUUCAGGUAUCAUUCCAGCUUUUCUGUUGACAUCCAAGCCUCAUCUUUGCUCGGCAAGCUUGAGCACAUUGAAGUACGCCCAAAGACACUUUUUCUUGCUGCAAAUUGACUUCCCACUUCCCAGGAGCCACUCAAAAAUUUAAUAUGACAACAUAAUCAUAACAAGGAAUUACCACUGAUUGAUUUCAUUGAUGAAUGUUCUCAACUCCUCCUUCCAUGCUGCUGUCUAUUGAGCAGAAUAACGCCAUCACCUUCUUCACAUUGCAAACUCUGCAACGCAAUCAACAGCGCCUCUGCUGGUUGCAGUCAUGUAGUGCAGUCAGUUCAGCCUUCAAUAGCCAUUUAUCAUACAGUAUACAGUAUAUACUGUAUACUGUGUGUGAGUAUAUCUGUAAAGGUGUGAGUAUAUACUGUAUACACACUCCUGAUCAAAAUCUUGUUGAAAAAUUGCUAGAAUUUGCAUUUUGCACAUUUGGAACUUAAUGAGGUUUUAAGUAGCUGAUAAGCUAUAAACAGCCUAUUUCAGUUUAAUUGUUGUUUUCAAUAAGUUACUUUUUGAAAAUGCUUUUUGUCUCACUCCCUCUUUUUGUGUUUGCAUAUUGCAGCUCUACUUAAAACCUCAUUAAGAUCCAAAUGUGCAAAAUGAUCAUUCUAGCAAUUUUUCAACUGGUCUUCAGAUUUUGAUCAGGAGUGUGUGUGCGUGUGUGUGUAUGUAUAUAUGUAUAUAUACCUGUGUGUGUGUGUGUAUAAAAACAUGAGAAGAUGAAAUAUGAUUCUAUCAAGAGAUUAAUAAAAACAGGAAAUAUGUUUCUAUGAAGACAGUAGAAGAAGAAAUAUGCAUAAAGACAGUAGAAGAAGAUAUGACGAGAGUAGACGAGGUGAAGAAAUGAGUAGAGGUGUGUGAAAUGUUUGGCGUGAGGCCAGUAGUUGAGGUUGAAAAGGGAUUGAGAAGCCAUCUAAUAAAAGAAGACAAUCAUCUGCUUGCAUGAAGUUUUACUGCCAUUGCAAUAUGUUUCAUAUAGAAGAAUAAAAAAUGAGCUAUCAUGCUUGAUUUUCAUCCAGAAUGUUGAAUGUGCGGGCUUGUGGAAAUGGAGAGCACAUACCUUGGCAGUAUUAUUAUUAUUAUUGUAUUGUAUCUAUUCAUCAUUUUGUGCCUUUAUUCUUAUUAGUGAAUGCUAACUGUUUGUUUACACAGAGGCUUGUAUGUGAACAAUAUAAAGAUGAUGAAUAAAAUGCUUCAAUAUGAACUCGUUGACCACCAACUGUUUUCUUUUUUCAUGUUGCUUUUUGUUAUACUUAGUAUUUUGCUUUUCAGAAAAAAAAAAAAUCUUUUGCACUAUAUUUGA